CUACCGCCGUGACGGUUCUUCCAUGGUGCCCGGAGGAAGGAACUGCGCUAGUAGAAUAGUUCUGCGAGUCUCCCAGCGGUCGCUGCCCUGAAACACGGGCACGUCUCGCCCAGUGGUGGCGGCGCAUCGCAGAGCCGCGGUCGAAGCUCGGUCCCGACAGACCUCGGCGGCAGCGUGCCUUCGCCGUCCGGAGUGCGGUCGCAGGAGGAUGCCGGCAGCGCGGGGUUGCCGCCGGCGGUGGCGGUAGCGCGGGACCGGGGAUGUGCCGGAGUCCUUGCGUCGCCGUCGGCGGUAGUCGAACCGCUAACCUUGUCGUCCCGGAGGAAUCGUCCGGCUGCGCGCUCGCGUGCGGACUCUGUUCGGCGAUGCGCUGAGCGGCGGACCAUGCGCCGCUUUCCGGGGAGGCUCUUGCUCAGCGGCGCAGUCCUCGUCUGCCUCCUCGGCUCCUGCCCCGUCUGCUCCGGCGUGGUGCUAAGCGAGCACAUCCGGCAUUACGAGCCCCUAUUUUUCAACCACACCUCCUUCCGGGACCAGCACCACCGAAGCAAAAGGUCACCCAAGCAGGACAUACGCCUGGUGUUCGCCGCACACAACAGGCAAUUCAGGUUGCGGAUGACGGACACCAGCGUGUUCAGCCCCGACGUCGUCUUCGAGUCGUCCAGUCGGGGACCCAUCUCGUACGACACCUCCAAAGUCCUCAAGGGAUACAUCGAAGAGGAUGAGGAGUCGUCGGUCGAGGGCCUCAUCACGAGCGAGGGACUCUUCGACGGCGUCAUAGCGAUGCGGAGCGGCGAAGAGUACUUCGUCGAGCCGGCCAGCCGGUAUUUCGUUAAGCCGGUGGCGUUUCACUCCGUCAUGUACAAGGGAUCGGACGUGCACUUUCCGGAGAACCAGACCUACUGCCACGUGCACAAGCCGGCCCCGUGCGAAGGCAGCCCGACGGCGAGCAGCGUCCCGAGGAGGGCGCCGUGGGCCUCCGGCUUCCACGACGAAGAACGCGGAGUGAGAAAGAGGAGGAGGAAACGGCGGCAGAGCGACGGAUCCAGAGAAGAUGCAGAGGUACACGAGGACGAGCCGCCCCUGAUGUGGCGAGACGGCGACGCAGCGCACUACAGCCAAAAGGACCUGGAGCUACCGGAGCCGGACUCCGCGGCGCUGGGUAUCCGGUCGGUGCAGCGCACUCAGUGGGCAGCGGGCAGCGACCAGCCCGCGAAGAACGUCGUCAUCGACCCAAAGAAGACCACCUGCAUGCUGUACCUGCAGGCCGACCACCUGUUCUACCAGAGAAUGGGCUCCGAGGAGGCCUGCAUCGAGACUAUGACGCGGCACGUACAGAAGGUCAACUCCAUUUACAGGACCACAGACUUCGAUCAGGACGGCCGCUCGGACAACAUCUCUUUCCUGAUCAAGCGCAUCAAGGUGCACACGAUGGACGCGCUGCGAGACCACGAGUACCGGUUCCCGGGGAACUACGGCGUCGAGAAGUUUCUUGAGCUCUUCUCGGAGGAGGACUACGACGCCUUCUGCCUGGCCUACAUGUUCACCUACAGAGACUUCGAGGGCGGGACGCUGGGUCUCGCCUGGACGGGAGACCUCAAGAAUGCCGGAGGUGUCUGCGAAAAGAACGGGCACUACCGGGGCAGCCUCAAGAGCCUGAAUACAGGCAUCGUGACGCUGCUCAACUACGGCAAGCACGUGCCCCCGAUUGUGUCCCACGUGACGCUGGCGCACGAGAUCGGACACAACUUCGGCUCACCGCACGACCCCAAGGACGACAGCAUGUGCACCCCUGGCGGUGAGAACGGAAACUACAUCAUGUUCGCGCACGCCACGUCCGGUGACAAGAGGAACAACAAUCGCUUUUCGCCCUGCAGCCUGAAAGGCAUCAACGCAGUGCUCAACUCGAAGGCGAGGAACACCAAGGGAUGCUUUUCAGAGCCUCAAGACUCGAUCUGCGGCAACGAGGUGGUCGAGGCCGGCGAGGAGUGCGAUUGCGGCUGGGAGGACGACUGCCUCGAGCCCUGCUGCUUUCCCAUGCGAUCCAACCCGCCGCGAGACGAACCGCCCUGCAAGCUCAGGCCUAACGUCGUAUGCAGCCCGAGUCAAGGUCCGUGCUGCACUCAGGAUUGCGUUCUAAAGAUCGGGGACAAGUGCCGGGAUGACAACGGAUGCCGGAGCGCCAGCUACUGCGAUGGUGAAGGACCACAAUGCCCGUCUUCGACAAGCAAACCUAACAAGACCAUCUGUAACGAGGAGUUUGUCUGCUACAUGGGGGAGUGCACGGGCUCCAUCUGCAUCGCGUACGGCCUGCAGUCGUGCCAGUGCAAGCGCAGGCCGCACGACCCCGUGACCAAGGCCUGCGAGUUGUGCUGCCGCCUGCCCGGAGAUGAUUCCACCUGCAAGUCUUCUUUCGAGUGGAACCACCCGCCCUACGACGUUCCGAACCUAUUCGCAAAGCCGGGCACGCCGUGCGACAAUUACAACGGAUACUGUGAUGUAUUCCAAAAGUGCCGCGAGGUGGACCCUUCGGGGCCCCUCGCCACCCUUCGCAAGCUUCUGCUGUCCACGGAAACCAUAAUUUCUCUCAGGCGCUGGAUAUUCGACAACUGGUGGGGAGUGCUCCUUUUGGGUCUCUCCGUACUCGUCUUUCUGUGCGUAGUGGUCAAGUUCUUCGGGCGGAAGACGGACCCAGUGAAGAGCGUGGCGGGCAGCGGCUCAGGCGCCAACACCGUCCCCGUCGCCUGCAACCCCGUGGUGCAGCCCGUAGUUGCCGCCAGCGGCGGUGGCGGCCCGUUCCGCUCGAGCCAGGCUGCGACCAAGGCGGUCAUGGCUUCUAACACGCCGGGCGUCGUGUCGACGGCGUUGGGCGCCCACUCGGCCCCCGCAACGGCCACCACGAGCAACUUCGUGAAGACGACGCUGUCGCUGCACCCUCAUCCCGCCGCCCGCUCCUACCUGAGCCACGCCGGCAACGGCUGGGUCUGACCAUCGAGCCGCCUCAGCGUAAGGGGCACCGCGACCAGCAGCUACAGGCACCACCACCCUUGCUGCGACCCUGCUUGCUACACGGUGUACGGACUGCCGCAGUCGACGCUUCGCAGGCCCGUCACAGCAGUGCCGGCGGCCGCGACCACGGCGGUGCCGGCCGCAUGUCUGACGGCGACCGCACCGACUACUAGUGCCAGUGCCGCCGCCGCAGCUCCCGCCGUGGUGCCUUUAUUUCAGGAGCCCUACACAUACGGGUCGGACGCUUACUGGUGAAGCUGGCGUCUGCUGGGGGAAAGGGUCGCUACUACUCGGGGAUCACUUGCCUUCGAAGAAGGGUCAUAGAUUUGCGCCGGUUCCGUACAAGCAAAACGAAGAAGCAAUACAUUAGAAAUUAAGAGGCGACG